CGCCGCACACGGACGCGUACGUACACGGCCACGCACGCACACACGGAACCGCGCAAACGCAAACGCAGCGCACUACGGUCGGCUACGACGGCACUGGAUCGCCGCAGCGCACCGCUCACAGCAGUCAACCGCGUUUCCGGACACCGACGGCCACUGAGACGGCGGCAGUAACCAACACCAGGCAGAGGAAGAAGCGUCAGCAGCGCAGCUAAAAACCACCACCACAACCACCACCACCAUCACUACCACCUCGUCGGCGCAACAGUUAUUCCGUCUAACUCGACCGCGUCCCCCGCAGCCGCACCGCAGAUAAACAAUUUGAAUAUCAGGGAAAACUCCAAAAAGCAAACAAUUAUGUCUUCGAUUUCACAGUUCAGAAAGAAUAAGCUCAUGUAUGUCUUCAACGUCUUCUUCGACGUCAACGGCAGCGGCACUAUUGACAAGAAAGAUUUUGAGAUUGCCAUCGAAAGAUUCUGUAAUCUGCGAGGCUGGAGCGGUGAUUCGGAAAAAGUAGAAAAAACUCGAUCUUGUUUGCUGAAGGUUUGGGAUGGUUUGCAGUCUGGUGCUGAUAAAGAUCAAGAUGGUCAGGUAACACAAGAUGAAUGGUGCGCAAUGUGGGACGAAUUUUCCAAAAACCCAAGCGCACCUCAAGAAUGGCAAACGCAAUACAUGAACUUCAUGUUUGAUCUGGUCGAUACUUCAGGAGACGGUUCCAUUGACGAAGCAGAAUUCUGCGAAGUUUGCCAAAAUAAUGGCGUGCCUGCUGCGGAAGCUGCGGAUGCAUAUAGACGAUUCUCAAAGGGCGGCACAAUUCAAGUCUCUCACGACGAAUUCGCUAAAUACUGGGUGGAGUUCUUCGCUUCCGAAGAUCCCGUGGCUUUGGGCAACUUUAUCUUCGGCAAGACAUCGUUCAACUAAACAACAAGAAUUUCGAAAAAUGAAUCGUCUUCUUCGUGUUUUUUUUUCUUUAUAAACUAAUAUUUUAAAAUUGUGACUGCAAGAAAUCACAUACUUAAAGGAUGAUGUUUGAAACGAUAGAUCCUCUUUAGAUAUCAUAAUAUAUUAUAAUAUUAUAUUCUACUUAGAUAUUUACAAACGUAGUAAUUAUAUUAAUUUUAGACUAACAUACACUCUUAGUCAAUUCUUCGUACAUAUUUCGUUUAACUUAUUGUAAUAAAAUGUAUAAUGUUCAAUAUAAUUAAUAAUUUUCGAAAAAUUAAAUUACAAGCAAUACAAAUAAACAGCGGUUAUUAUUGGUCUGAAACUUUAUAUA